CGGAGGCAGGCCGGCGGGGCUCCGCCGCGGCUGGGUUUCCAAUGGGACCAGCGGGGCGGCGGGGCUGAGCGCGGCGCUGGCCUGAGGAGCCGGCGGCGUGAGGAACCGGCCGGCGGCGGGAUGUCGCAGGGGCCGACGGCCGCGGAGCGCCUCAACGACCUGCCCGACCACUCGCCGCGGGUGCGCAGCGCCGUCGCUGAGCUGCGGCGGCGGGCGGAGGCAGAGCCCGGCCAGCGCUGGCUACAGCCCCUCACCGACUCCUUCCUGGUGAGGUUCCUGCGCGCCCGGGACUUCAACCUGGACCUGGCGUGGAGGUUAUUGAAAAAUUACCAGAAGUGGAGAAUUGAAUGCCCAGAAAUAAGUGCAGAUUUACAACCAUCUUCUGUUCUUGGUCUUUUGCAUGCUGGCUAUCACGGAAUCCUGAGAUCAAGGGACCCACAUGGAAGCAAAGUUCUAAUAUACAGAAUUGGACAAUGGGAUCCCAAGUUAUUUACAGCAUACGAAGUGUUCCGUGUCAGUCUUAUCACAUCUGAACUCAUUGUAAAGGAGAUUGAGACUCAGCGGAAUGGAGUCAAGGCUAUCUUUGAUCUUCAAGGGUGGCGAUUUGCUCAUGCAUUUCAAAUCAGUCCAGCAGUGGCCAAGAAGAUUGCUGCUGUGCUCACAGAUUCCUUUCCGCUAAAAGUUCGAGGUAUCCACUUGAUUAAUGAGCCUUUAUUCUUCCACCCAGUCUUCGCUCUAAUUAAGCCUUUUCUCACUGAAAAAAUAAAAGAACGGGUGUAUAUGCAUGGAAAUAACUACAUGCAGAGUCUGACCGAACACUUCCCAGUCAGCAUUCUCCCACAGGAAUAUGGGGGGGAGGAAGUCUCCGUUGAAGAGCUGGCCAAGGAAUGGACUGACUUUAUAAUGGCAUCUGCAGACUAUCUUCAGAGCAUUUCUCUGGUUGCCCAGGAGUAAUCUUACUAGAGUAUUAUAUAAAUUCUUGAACACUGGAAGUGGAAAUAAGUUUAAUAUGAAAUCUUUCAUUUAAUCUUGAAAUUAUUGUAAAUGAAACCAGUAUGUCUUUGCAGAGCACUGAGUACUAUAUUGACUGCACUUUUAUACUAACUGGAGUCUUUCAGUACAUACGUCUGAAGAGAUUAAUGAAUUCUAUAUGUUUGCAAUACUCUUUGUAAUUGACUAGCUUCUGUGCCAAAAAGCUGAAUAGUGCACUGGAUAUCAGAGAUCGACACUGCUCCUCUUAAGUCUUUGGAGACAACUCAUCCGUAAUAAUGCAGUCCAGAACCUUAUGCUUAGAUCUUGUAUCUUGGCUUGUCAGGAUGAUAGGAUACAAAACCGAACAGAACGUGAAUGGGAUAGACUAGUUUGUUGCGGAAGCAUGACUACAGGGCUAAUUCACAGAGAGUGAAAAGAGGCUGCUUUUUGGAUUGAUUCUCAGGGAAAAUGACUGUUUUGUUAGUUUGUGUCAAAUUGAAAACUAGACAGCAAUAGUAAGACAUUUGUGUUAACUUUUGCGCUGCCUGUGCAGCUUCCCUUUUUGUGCUAAUUAACACAAUAAUCAUCCGAUUUUAUAGAGGAAGACAGGGAAAACACCAUGUACCUGUUCUUCAAAGAACAGCAUGAAUCAGGAGGAGGAACUGGUAAGAGAUUCAAAGCAACCUUGAAAAUUCUGAUUUUCUUUAUUCAAAGAGAUACUGUCUAUGGACAAGCUAUAAGCAACUCAGAUGAUGAUCACCUUUAAUUCCUACUGUAGGUCAAGAGCUGUUAGCUGUUUACAGUAUCUGUCUCUUUUGGAAGGUGAAGUAUGUUAUACUUUGUGUAUCCGAACUUUAGAAGUAUUUCUUGUGUGGUUUAAGGGUGCUUGUAGGUCACCGAACCUCAGUGUAGGAAAUGCUGGGUAUCUUCAUUUUAUUUUCAGAAAAGUAAUUGGAAACUUGCCAGUCCAUUUCUUCCAGUGCCCAACAGAAGAUAUAAUUUUUAAUUUCCAUUGAGCCCUCUUCUUUAUUUCUGUAGGAGUAAUGAAAAAAGUCUAUACUUACUGGAAACAUAUUCUUAUUUUUUUAAUGGACACGAUUCAGAUAUGAACACUGCAUGUGUGUAAAAGCUAUCACUCAUGUUACAUAGCAGUAUCAUCCUGCAGUCCCCAGUAUUUAAUAGUCUAAAACAUUAUUUUACUUUUCACUCAGCUCUUGUUAAAAACUCUGUUAACGCGCCAGCUGCUGGAAUUCAUUUACCCAGUGUUUAAUGCUGUUUUGUAAUAAGCCGGGGUCUUUGCAUAAGCAUUGUAUAUUUAAGCAUUCAUAUGAAUCUUCAUAUAAAUGAAUCCAUAACAAAUACUUUGUUUCUCAGGUAGCUAGAAAUGCUAACUUCAGUUACUUUGGAAUCUUAAGGACAUUGGGAUGUUAUCUUAAUUUAUGCUUAGGGGAGAGAAAUGUCUUAUUUUAGAUUAUCGUUAACACUGUAUUAUUGCAAAAGCCAUUGGAAGCUAUUCUUUAUUAGCAGGAGGAACAUCUAUGAAAGGUCCAUAGCGUACUUGGUGGUGGUAGUUCCUUCUGCUGUGGUAAGGUCAAUGCCAGAUACAAAAUUCUUUCAAAACCAACAAGGACUUUUUAAAUAUUUUUUUUUUCUUCCAAUUCCCUCAUUUCCUCAAGUGCAUUUUUCAUUCUUCUCUUUCAUAUAGAGCCUAAAUUUAAAGAAACAUUUUUCAGAUAUAUUUUCACAUAUUCAUAUAUUUCAUAUAUCUGUCUUUUUCUCAGAUUGAACUAUUUUGUGAUAUAAAAGCUCCUUAAAUAGAGGAGUUCAGUGAAGUGCUAAUUCUUCUUUAUAAGAAAAUAAACUAAGUAGUCAGGCAUCUGGCAAUUCUUCAAGCGUGUAACUCAGCUUCCAAAUAAUUUAUGAACUGGAGAACUAAAGCUAUUGUCUUAAUUUUACGCCUCUUCAAUUUUAAUCCUUGAAUGUAAACUGCAUAAAGGAGUGAGCUGUGUUUCAGUGAACAGGAAAAUUCAAACUUUUCCUUUGAAACCAGUCUCUAACUGUUGCUGUUUUAUGUAGCAGAGCCUUGACUUGUUUGCAUAUGUAUAAGCACAUGGACGAAAUGUAGCCGUUUUUAAAAAAAUCUUCAUUGUGACUACACCGGCUCUGUGAACAUAAAGUCCUAAAUGUCUUUGGAAGUGCCUGGAAUGUAUUAUUAAACAGUAACGUGUUUGCAUAAGACAACAGUUAGAGCACUGAGUGCAGUUAUUUUUUUCAUGAACUGUUAAUUAUUUUUUUAAUGUUUACGUGUUACAGAGAAGGUAGGAACUCUGUGCGAGGGACAGUUGCAGUUGCUGCUAAUAAUAAGGACACAAGAUAAUUAGGAUUGCGUAACGAAUGGCAGAGGUGUUGGUGCGAUGGGUGGUGGUAUGGUGCCUAUGAGGUGCAUAGUCAAUAAAACAAAAAAAAGUAACAAUCUUUUAAGUGCAUUAUUCCUUAAGAGUGUCAGGAGUGCCUCUAAAAAAAAGUAAGUUGCAAAUAUAAUUUACUACUGACCAUAAGCACAAUGUAAUGCACAAUUUUUUUUUUUAAUUUUGUACGUAUAACGUCAUUAUAUUAAUAAAAACUUUUCGAGCGGAA